AUGACAUCUCUAACUGAAAAGGUCGCUCUAAUGGAAAGAUUAAAUAUUACAAACGAUGGUUUAGUUGAAAUUCGAGAACCAGAAAAUGAAGACAAGGAAGGGAGUGGAAAAAUUAAAGGUUUAUUUUUAAAAUUAAUGAUGUUGAGAGGGUUAUAUGCCUCAAGGUGUUCCUUAGUCUAG